GCUACACUUAGAACUCGGAGAAAGCCAGUUAAAAUUAAUAUCGACGACAAUAGAUUAACGACAACCCCGUCAUACACGCCGUUCCAUAUAUCACAUGGAAUGUGGACUUCAGCAAAAAAUCGUACGUUGGAUGAUGCAUUGAAAACAGAUAGCCAAGCUUUCACGAAGGUGACAUCUUUUCCAUCGACUCGGAGAAAGCCAAUAAUAUUUAAGUACGCACAGAAUGGAAAAUCUGCCAAGCCUUCUAACACGCCAUUGCAAACGUCUCAAAUUCAUACUGUUGGUGAUGGAUUUAAGACAACAAAUAUAAUUUCACCUUCUCAUUAUAGUACAACUAAACUGCCAAAAUUAGAAUCAUCAAUUGGUAUUUCAUUUGAAAUGACUGGGUUAAUCGUAGGUCUUUCAAUAGAUGAUAAACGUGAACAACUAUAUAUCACUAUAAAUGAAAGUAACUACUCUUCUGCUGAAAGGUUCUUGAAUAUUACUGUUAAACCUGGCUCAAUUGCCAUAACUAGUGCCAGAAUUCCUGUUAGUAUAAUUGCUGCGGAUGAAGAUGUUAAUAACUCGACCUUAACAAUCGAUUUUAUGUUUGGAAAUGAACAAAAACGUGCGAUUAUAACAAUUAAAAAAAUCAGUCCAUCGCCUAGGCCUCUAGGUAUUUCUAAUGUUAAUAUCAGGCGAGCAACAGUUUCUAUAAUGACUGUCAGUAAUCUAGUCUUAUUAAAAGUUGUAGAUAAAGAGAAAAAUUCUACUCCUUCAACAAAAUUUGAAUACGCAGAUGGAUUUAAAUCAUCUAGCCGACCGAUGCCAGGUAUGUCUGCCUUACCAGUCACUAAUGGCCGACACGUAAUACCUGACUGGGCAAGACAAAUAAUGGACAAUCUCGAUUUGCUCACACACCUUCUUGGUAAGGUUCCCAGUUCUACCAGUUAUUAUACAACGCCUGUUCAAAAUGAUAGUAUAACGUCCCCCGUCACGGCAAUGGAGUCUGUCGGGAGUGAAUUGUAUACCGAUGCACCAACUUUGUUUAACAAAACUUCACAAGAACUGAACACCUCUACGGUCACUUUAUCGUAUGGAUUUCCUAGUUCAGAUCGUUAUUCUACUUAUUAUACAACGCCUGUUCAAAAUGAUAGUAUAAUGUCCUCCAUCACGGCAAUGGAAUCUGUCGGGAGUGAAUUUUAUACCGAUGAAUCAACUUUAUUUGACACAACUUCACAAGAACUGAACACUUCUAAUGUCCCUACAAAAUAUGGAUUGCCUAGUUCAAAUACGCCUUUUCAAAAUGAUAAUAUAACUUCCCCUAAUGUAACGAUUUUAUAUAACACCUCACACGACCUAAGCAGUUAUAAAGGUUCUACAUCAUAUGGAUUAUCUAGUUCAAAUCCUACUGUAGCUAUUUUUGUUAAUACUUCGUCAGAAAAUAAAAAAGCUGAAGAAAACCGUAAAACUACUGUGACAUUUGACCAUCACAAGAUUACAACGGAUUUUUUCCAAAAUAUAUCAUAUCCAUCGACAAAUGAACCGAAAACCACUACUGUUGUAAAUGAAUUGAUAACUAGUACUAUACCUCCUUCAAAUUCAUUUAACAAUAGCCAAAAAAGAACUGAAAAAAUUCAUGUUAUACUUCAGAAGGUCGUAUUUCCUUUCAAACGAAAAAUGAAUGAUACUCACUCUGCAUUGGCUCUUAAAAAGUCGUUAUCAGUUGUUCCAGAUAGUCGAUCUCAUAUCUUCACCUCUGAAUUUGGGAUCAAUGAAAAUAUCCUCGGAGAGAUCGAUUCCAAACUGUGCCCGAUGCUUAUUGUUCUCAAGGAUAGAUUCAAGGUGGUGCUAUUGCCUUGUUAUUAUUAUGCAGAUGCUCUUUGCCUUUAAAAAUGAUUGUAUCUAUAUUUAUUUAUUAUAUAUUAUUUGCUAAAAAUUUUUUAAUGUUGUAAAAGUUUAAAUUUUUAAUUGUGAUUUUGUAAGUACAGUAAUGAUACAUGCAAUAAUACGUACUGUGAUAUCGAAAAAGGUAUUUCAAUAUUCAUAUUGUUUAGGCCAGAAUACAUUUAUUUUCUUGUACCAACUUUUUUUAAAAUUAUGUGUAUUAAAUGUAUUUUCUAAUCAAUCAAUAGAGUGCGUGGGAUGUCCUUUUUUC